GGGUGUUCGGGUGGGGAUCCAGUAAGUGGAAACGAUCAAAGGAGAAAGAAUUUCGAAUUGAGAAUUGAGAAAUUGGAAAUUGGAAAUUGGGAAAUGGGGAGGGAGGUAUCAGAGAGCUGCGUGGAGAGUCUUCUAACCGAGAUUGUUUCUUCCUACUGCAAUGGCUUCUAUGCUGACAAGCCGGAGCUCGCCGCCCGCCGGAUCGAAGCCAUCGGCUUUCAAGUUGGCCACCAGCUUUCCGAAAGAUACACAAUGGAACGACCUCGAUUCAGUGACCAUUUGGAAGCUAUCAAGUUCAUUUGCAAAGACUUCUGGUCUGAGCUCUUUAAGAAACAGAUAGACAACCUAAAGACAAAUCACAGAGGUACCUUUGUGUUGCAAGAUAAUCGGUUUCGUUGGCUAUCUCGGAUGCCAAUGGAUCCAUCUCUUGAAACUUCUGGUUCUAUUCAAGAUCCUUCAGCAAUGGCUGAGAACAAAGCUGCACAAGCAAUAGGCAUGCAUCUCUAUUUCCCUUGUGGAAUCAUCAGAGGUGCACUUUCAAAUCUGGGAAUUCCUUGUGCAGUAUCUGCAGAUAUAUCUAACCUGCCUGCAUGUUCGUUUGUGGUACGUAUUAAGGCUUGACAAGCUGUUGCAAUAAUUAAGGGUUGGGCUUUAGAUCACCCUCCAGAUCUGGUCAGCCAUCACAUAUGAACCGAACCAUCUUCUUCUUACAUUCUCUUCUCUCUUUUCCUUUACCUUUGUUUUGGGUUACAACUUACUGAAACUGGUGUUCAAAUUUGUGCAUGAAUCAGCAUACAUUACACUUCUGCUCAAGUCUAGAGUUUCAACUGAACUAUUGUAAUAGCCAUAAGUCACUAUAUGUAGAGUUUUGUUCUGAACAUUUUCCCCAUACAAUUGAGACAUUUUAACAUCCAAUGUUCCUUUUUGGUGUC